AUGGGGAUUAAAGACUGCACAUCACAUGGCCAUCUCCUUUGUAAAAACCUCACCCUUCCAUAUUCUGCAACUUGUUCAUCCCAUUUCCUCCGAGGAAGAAAAAAAAACCUUUCUUCCUGUUCUUCCCCUUACACAGCAACCACGGCGUACCAAACGGAGUUGGGAUCAGAUCAAACCUCUCCCCAGAGGAAAUCUGGGAGAGGAAAGAUCGAAAUCAAGCGGAUCGAAAACACUACGAACCGUCAAGUCACUUUCUGCAAACGCAGGAACGGCCUUCUCAAGAAAGCCUAUGAGCUCUCUGUCCUCUGCGACGCUGAGGUCUCUCUCAUCGUCUUCUCCGGCCGCGGCCGCCUCUACGAGUACUCCAACAACAGUGUAAAAGCAACGAUUGCGAGGUACAAGAAGGCUAUAUCGGAUAACUCCAACUCAGGAUCAGUCUCCGAAAUCAACGCCCAGCAUUAUCAGCAAGAAUCGUCGAAAUUACGUCAGCAAAUCAUUCGAAUACAAAAUUUUAACAGGCAAAUGUUGGGUGAGACAAUAGCGUCAAUGAAGCCCAAGGAGCUCAAGAAUAUGGAAAACAGAUUAGAGAACGGAAUUAGCCGAAUCCGAUCCAAAAAGAACGAGCUAUUGUUCGCGGAAAUUGAACACAUGCGGAAGAGGGAAAUUGAUUUGUUCAAUGACAACAACCUUCUCCGAGCCAAGAUAGCUGAGAAUGAGAGGAACCAUCCGGGCAUGAUGAACCUGAUGCCUGGAGUCGGAGGAUCCAACGGUUACGAGGGGCAGAUGAUGGGAGAAUCUCAGCCGCUGGAUUCGCGUAGUUAUUUCCAUGUCGCCGCUUUGCAGCCAAACCUCCACCAUUUCUCCGACAAGCAGCAAGACCACACUCCACUUCAGUUAGUGUAAUAUCGCCUCCAAGGACUGGAGAACGAAUAAUGGCAAGGACGUGCAUGGAGCUAUAUGUACAAGUGUAGGAGGGGCAUCACAUAUAUAUAUAUAUAUAUAUAUGUAUAUGUAUGUUAGUUAUUCUACGCAAGUUUGUAGAAAUAAUGCCAAACUUAUAUAUGCCUAAGUUGGUGCGUAAUAUCGUGAGAUUUUCCUACGAGGAAAAAGAAAUCAAAGAAGGCAAUUGAUGUAAGAACCCCUUAUUAUAUGCUCUAUAUGUGAGACAUUUAUAUUUGUAAUCACAUUUAUUAUGCAUACCCCCGGCCCCCGUUACGCAUUUAA